UUUUAAAUAUAAUUUUUUAAUAAUACGAAAUUAAUCAAAAACUAUCCGUACACGUUAUUCAUUGCGUAACAGCUACUACUGGAUGAAUUGGAGCGGCACGUGUAGUCCAAUAUUAUUCCAACGAUGAUUUGUAUUCUUCUUAGAAACUUCUAAGAAUGUUGUGGCAUUUCUAAAAUUGUCAUUUACCGAGAGCUAUUUUUAAAAUUCAGUGACAUGAUAUGGAUAUGAUAUCCAAACAUGAAUUUUAAAUGUAAUAUUUCUUUAAAAGAUACAUGAUAUAAGUGUCAUUACUGUAGUUAUUUUACGCAUGAUUGCACUCGAGAAUCGUACAAUCACGUUAACUGUGAAUUUUUCAUAGACUUAUCAUGCAAGAUAAAGAUUUUAUAUUUCUAUGCGUUUCUAAUCUCUGCUCACUGGAAAUCAACGAGAGGAUUAAUUUGGAUUCAUUGUUUAUGCUUAUUAAUAAAAUCCAAGUUUAUACACCAUCAUCAGUGAUGUUGACCGACAAGCCAUGGAAGGCGUGAAGUAGCUUACAUUUUAUUAAGCAAUAGCUUAUAUCAAUCGUACGCGCUAUAGUGUAACCUUGAAUUACAAUUCAUGAAGUUGUCAGUCGGCAGUUGAUAAAUUAUAAUCGUGCCCUUCCGUUAAUUAAGAUCAUGGUGACUUACGUUUGCACGAUGAGCAGUAUCCAGGCAUUUCUAUAUGUCUCAUAUAUACCUUUCGUAUCUUCUAUCCAUCUCACAUGUUUCUUCUUCUUUUAGUAAUGAUUAUUUUUACUGAUUAAACUUUAUUAGUUUAGUUAGAUUUUCUUAAAAUUUGAUGUAAAAUUAAGUACUACAAAUGUCAAGUAAGAAUAUUAAUUAAUUAAGCAUUUAACUUAUUAUAUUUGUUUAAAUGUAUAGAUAAAUAACUAAUUAUAUUCUUGACAAUUAAUGCAAUAUUUUGUCAAUGUUUUGUCAAUUCUUUUGAACUUAAAAUAGAAUUUUUUGAAUAAAAUUAAUCAAGAUUGACUCUUUAUUGAAGUCACGAUUUCAACAAAUAUUGUUGUGCGUAAAUCAACUAACAUAUGUCUCGUAUCUCUACUGAUUGCACAUGGUAUCGUCGUGAUAAUACUAGAAGCGUUUCCCCCUCCGUCGUUUUAUUUCACAGUAACAUAUGCGCGCACGUCUCACGUACAUGUUUAUAAUGUUCUACGCAGUGUCCGACGAAGCAUCUCGUUUGGCUUAUUCUGUCACAUCACAAUGGAUACAUUAUUACUUCCGUCGCCUUUCGUGCUAUUAUUGUGUACUUUGAUCGUUAUCAGCGUUUUGAAAAUUAUCACUUUGAUUCAUCGAAUAUUUUCUUAUUGGAAAAACAAGGGCGUACCUUACUUACCAAACUCGUUUUCAUCUUUUGUUAUGGAUUGGAAAUUGUUUUUUGGCUACAUCUCUUUCACUGAUCAUUUCCAAUAUUUGUACAACUACUAUCCAGAUGCUAAAUAUAUUGGAAUACUGGAUUUAUUCAAGCCUACCCUGCUUGUGCGCGAUCACGAACUGAUUAAAAACAUGGUCGUGAAGGACUUUGAACAUUUCCCGGAUCAUCGCGACUUCGUUAACAACGACGUCGACGCGUUGUUUAGCAAAAGCUUAUUUUUCUUGCGCGGAAAUCGUUGGAGAGAAAUGAGGAAUACAUUAAGUCCCUCUUUCACAGCCAGCAAAAUGAAGUUCAUGUUCGACUUACUAUCAAAGUGUUCUCACGAUUUCGUCAACUAUUUGGUCGACCAUCCGGAGCUUUGUCAUGAAAUCGAAACGAAGGAGGCCUUUAGACGUUACACCACCGAUGUAAUUGCUACAGCAGCCUUUGGCAUAAGUGUGAAUUCUAUGAAAGAUCGAGACAAUGAAUUCUUUAUAAAAGGAGUGGAGGCUACUAAACUUCCUACAGGACUACUAGGGAUAGUCAAGAUUAUAAUAUUACUCAAGUGUCCAUGGCUUGCUAAAUUAAUUGGGCUGACUAUUUUUCCACCGGCUACGUCCAAGUUUUUCAAAAAGAUCGUACAGGAAACAAUUAGGGCGCGAGAAGAGAAAAAUAUCGUCAGACCGGACAUGAUCCAUUUGUUAAUGCAGUCUUGGGAUAAAGAAAGUAAUAGUGCACACAAAAUGUCAUUAGACGACAUCGUUUCGCAAGCAUUUAUCUUUUUCUUUGCGGGUUUCGAAACCUCUUCGGCUCUGAUGUGUUUCGUUGCUCAAGAACUGGCGGUUAAUCAAGAUGUUCAGGAUCGUCUGCGCAAGGAAGUACAGCAGCAUCUUGCCGAAGGAAACGGCGAGAUUUCUUACGAGUCGCUAAUGAAGAUGUCUUACAUGGACAUGGUGAUUUCUGAGACUCUUAGAAAAUAUCCACCAAUGCCUUUCAUUGAUAGACGUUGUGCUAAGAGAUACGAACUGCCUCCAUCUCAACCAGGCUGCAAGAGUAUAAUCGUUGAACCUGCGGAUCCGUUGGUAUUGUGUAUUUAUGCUAUACAUCGCGAUCCGAAGUAUUUUCCGAAUCCGGAUAAAUUCGACCCCGAAAGAUUCAGCGAAGAAAAUAAAGAUAACAUAUUACCCUACACUUAUCUCCCAUUCGGUCAUGGUCCCAGAAAGUGUAUCGGUAAUCGGUUUGCUCUUAUGGAGACGAAGAUUCUCAUUGCUCAUCUUUUACAAAAGUUUACUUUGAAGACUACGGAUAAGACCGUCGAACCAGUUAUAUUCGCUAAAAGAGAAUUUUCGUUGAGAUCUAUUAGCGGAUCCUGGAUUAGCUUGGAAAAAAGAGAAACGUAAAAAUCUUUUACCAGAUAGUUUUUCUACAAAGUAUAUAUAUAGUUGUUUCAGAAAAAUAUUCGCAUUUUAAGAACAUUCAAAAUAUUACACACUUUCAAA